CACGAAGGCUGUUUCUUCCACACAGCACUUUGAUCUCCAUUUAAGCAGGCACCUCUGUCCUGCGUUCCGGAGCUGCGUUCCCGAUGGUCCUCCUUUGGCUCACGCUGCUCCUGAUCGCCAUGCCCUGUCUCCUGCAAACGAAGGAAGAUCCAAACCCACCAAUCACGAACCUAAGGAUGAAAGCAAAGGCUCAGCAGUUGACCUGGGACCUUAACAGAAAUGUGACCGAUAUCGAGUGUGUCAAAGACGCCGACUAUUCUAUGCUGGCAAUGAACAAUAGCUAUUGCCAGUUCGGAGCAAUUUCCUUAUGUGAAGUGACUAACUACACCGUCCGAGUGGCCAACCCACCAUUCUCCACGUGGAUCCUCUUCCCUGAGAACAGUGGGAAGCCUCGGGCAGGUGCGCAGAAUCUGACCUGCUGGAUUCACGACGUGGAUUUCUUGAGCUGCAGCUGGGCGGUAGGCCCGGCAGCCCCCGCGGACGUCCAGUACGACCUGUACUUGAAUGUUGCCAACAGGCGUCAACAGUACGAGUGUCUUCACUACAAAACGGAUGUUCAGGGAACACGUACCGGGUGUCGUUUCGAUGAUAUCUCUCGACUCUCCAGCGGUUCUCAAAGUUCCCACAUCCUGGUGCGGGGCAGGAGCGCAGCCUUCAGUAUCCCCUGCACAGAUAAGUUUGUCGUCUUUUCACAGAUUGAGAUAUUAACUCCACCCAACAUGACUGCAAAGUGUAAUAAGACACAUUCCUUUAUGCACUGGAAAAUGAGAAGUCAUUUCAAUCGCAAAUUUCGCUAUGAGCUUCAGAUACAAAAGAGAAUGCAGCCUGUUAUCACAGAACAGGUCAGAGACAGAACCUCCUUCCAGCUACUCAAUCCUGGAACGUACACAGUACAAAUAAGAGCCCGGGAAAGAGUGUAUGAAUUCUUGAGCGCCUGGAGCACUCCCCAGCGCUUCGAGUGCAACCAGGAGGAGGGCGCAAACACACAUGCCUGGCGGACAUCGCUGCUGAUCGCGCUGGGGACGCUGCUGGCCCUGGUCUGUGUCUUCCUGAUCUGCAGAAGGUAUCUGGUGAUGCAGAGACUCUUUCCCCGCAUCCCUCACAUGAAGGACCCCAUCGGUGACAGCUUCCAAAACGACAAGCUGGUGGUCUGGGAGGCAGGCAAAGCCGGCCUGGAGGAGUGUCUGGUGACUGAAGUACAGGUCGUGCAGAAAACUUGAGACUGGGGUUCAGGGCCUGUGGGGGUCUGCCUCAAUCUCCCUGGCCGGGCCAGGCGCCUGCACAGACUGGCUGCUGGACCUGUGCACGCGGCCCAGGAAUGGACAUUCCUAACGGGUGGUGGGCAUGGGAGAUGCCUGUGUAAUUUAGUCCGAAGCUGCCAGGAAGAACAGAACUUUGUGUGUUUAUUUCAUGAUAAAGUGAUUUUUUUUUUUUAA